AUGGCAAAAAGAAAUAGAAUGGACUCUGUUGAUAGGCUGGAGGUAGAUUCUCCACUGUUAAUUAGAUCAAAUAAGGGUGAGGGAAGCUAUAAUAAGUUCAUCAGUUCCAGAGAUGUCCAAUUGGACUUGAAAAUGACAAAAAGUGAGAGAGAUGGUAGUUCAGUGCAAUCCAAAAAGAGAGCUGCGAAGAUCAGAAAAUAAAACAUCUUUGAUUUUCCCUGAAAGCUGCUUGAAGAACACCAAAUUAAGCAUAGAUAGCUCUAAAGCAGUCAACAUGAGAAUCUUAUACUCCAGAAAAAGGUGAAAAUCAAAGAUGGCUAGGAGGUCAUUAAAGAAGAGGGUCAGUAAACCUCUAUUUUUGGAAGGAAAUCUUUCUAAAUAUGAACCAGUCAAGAGACUUAAGAACCAACGUAUGAAUUCAACGCUGAUUGAAGAACUAGAGAAUUUCAUCCCAAUGCCUUGAGAUAUGAUUGAGGAUAAAAUUGAGUACUACUUCUCACCUUACAGCAAAGAAGAAGAUGGGCAAAUUCAAAGGUUACACUAUGACAAGUUUAUGCAGUUUGACCUCCCUCAGAAGGAUAAACUCCCUGCAGCUGAGACUGGAGACUCAUCUGGCUGGAAAUAAACUUAUGAACUUUAUUACAACUGAGAACCAGAUGGUGUUCAGAAGAUCUUUGAAAUAAAAUAAAUAAUCAGCUUUAUUCUAAGUUAAGAAAUAUCAUAUCCAAGAAUACUAUGAGUAAGUAUUUCUUGCCUGAGAAGGCAAAGGAUCAAUGAGGCUCGAUUUCCAGCGAAUUCUCCGAUCAUGGAAGUAUCAAGAGGCGCACGGUAGUAGCCCAUCGGGAGAGAAUGAGUCUGAAUUUGAACCAACAUCCCAGGAAGAGCAGAAUUCUCUCCGGAGUUCAUCGACAUCGACCUUCCUUGAACCAAGCUGAGCAGUUUCUCAUGUCGAUCCAUCAUGAAAGCAUGAGCAACCUUAUUGGUCGGGUAAACCAACAAAAACUAGACAAAGAUAAAAAGAAAGAAGAAAACUUUACCAAAAUAUUUGAGCAGCAGAUGUCGAUGAUCAAGGAGAAGUCUUCAAAUAAGAACUCUCCCUCUCCUAAUAAGAAAAGGAAGAAAGUUAUGAAGAAGGUUAAGGAAGAUGUUGCAGCGUAUUGAUAUCUCAAAAAAUCUACAAUAAAGAGUAGCAUUAAAUAAAUUUGAGCCUGUUGGGAUUAACAAAUCUAUCGUAAACUUGAAUGCUUCAUGAUCGAUCCCUGAUUUGAAGACAUUUGAUAAGAGAGCAAAUUCUAAACUACAAACAACAAAAACGACGCAUACUAGUUGUAAUGCAAGUGUUGAGAACACAAAUAAGGGUUAUUCAUCACUAGAAAGACCCUUAUCGCGGUCUCUUUACCAAGACAUGCAGGUGCCUCUCACCAUGGAGCCAAAGUGGAUAAAAUAACAUGCAGAAGCAAUGCCGGCGGGUCUUACAGGCAGCUUCAAAGUCAUUCAAACUUCCCAAAAAUGCAAAAGAUCUGAUUAAGAAGAAGAGGAUCAAGAGAAAACACAAUCUUAAUAAAGCAUAUCAAGGUUUUGGAGUAGAAAUCUAAAUUUGAGAACCACCAAUAAUUCAUCAAAGAAGCUCUAGAACUCUGGGAGCGGUCAUUCUAAACUAUAGUCUUUGUGAGUCACUAAAUAUUCG